CUAUCUGCUUCUUUCUCUUCCGAUUUCCUCUCGGCAAAUCACAUGUACUUUACGCGUUUUCUAUAUUGUUCAAUUGUCAAAAUGUGUUCUUUUUAGAUACAUUUCUUCGUUUUGCGACUAUAUCGUUUUUGCAGUUUAAUAUUUUAAAUAAUGAAUGCUAAUGAGACGAAAAAUGGACCACCCAGCGAAACCAAUGAUUACUCGGGACCGCCCGGCAUGGAUGUCGGUGGAACUAUUGAGUCUGACUGGAAAGAGGUGGUGGAUAACUUUGAUGAGAUGAAUUUAAAAGAAGAAUUGUUGCGUGGUAUCUAUGGGUAUGGUUUUGAAAAGCCAUCAGCUAUUCAACAACGUGCAAUUUUGCCAUGCAUCAAGGGACAUGAUGUCAUUGCUCAGGCCCAGUCUGGUACUGGCAAGACAGCUACUUUUUCAAUUUCUAUUCUACAACAAAUUGAUACAAGUUUGAAUGAGUGCCAAGCUCUUAUUUUGGCACCAACACGUGAAUUGGCUCAACAGAUUCAAAAAGUAGUGAUUGCUUUGGGAGACUUCAUGAAAGCAGAUUGUCAUGCUUGUAUUGGUGGUACAAACGUUCGUGAUGACAUGCGUAAGCUGGAUACUGGAUCCCAUGUAGUGGUUGGAACUCCUGGUCGUGUUUAUGACAUGAUUGCUAGAAAAUCACUACGAACUCAAUUUAUCAAGAUAUUUGUGUUGGACGAAGCUGAUGAAAUGUUGUCUCGUGGUUUCAAAGAUCAAAUUAAAGAGGUGUUCAAGUUCCUCGAAGAAGAUAUUCAGGUCAUUCUGUUGUCUGCUACAAUGCCCGAGGACGUUUUGGAUGUGAGUACUCACUUCAUGCGUAAUCCAGUACGCAUUCUUGUUCAAAAAGAAGAACUGACAUUGGAAGGUAUUAAACAGUUUUACAUCAACGUUACCAAAGAAGAAUGGAAGUUUGACACUUUAUGUGAUUUGUACGACACUCUUAGUAUCACCCAGGCUGUGAUUUUCUGUAACACACGUCGUAAGGUAGAGUGGUUGACUGAAAAUAUGCGUUUGAAAUCAUUUACCGUAUCUGCUAUGCAUGGAGAAAUGGACCAACGUCAACGUGAGCUAAUUAUGCGUCAAUUUCGUUCGGGCUCUAGUCGUGUUUUAAUCACCACUGAUUUGUUGGCGCGAGGCAUUGAUGUACAACAAGUAUCUCUGGUUAUCAACUAUGAUUUGCCGUCCAAUCGUGAGAACUAUAUUCACAGGAUUGGACGUUCUGGCCGUUUUGGUCGUAAAGGAGUCGCCAUUAAUUUUAUCACUGAAGAUGACAAACGAGCUAUGAAGGAUAUUGAAUCGUUUUACAACACUCACGUGCUCGAGAUGCCACAAAAUGUGGCCGAUCUGCUGUAGACAUGCUUUGUAUCUCGAUUGCCUAGCCUCAGCCGCUGCUCCACCCUCGACCGGUUUCAACGUCUUCUCAUCUAGGCCCAAAGAACCAGAAACAUACAACAUAUUGCCCGCCUGCACCGCUUGACUAUGAUUAAAAGUAAAAUGCAAUUUUAAUUCUUUUUUUUUUAAACAGUAAAAUUAUGUUUUUUUAUAAAAAUUAAUUUAAAAAUUUAAACAUUGUAAAAGUUCAGUAAUACUUGUAAGCUCCUGGGAGUUUGGAACCAACGGAUAGUUAAUUAUUUUUCUUAUUACACUUAUGUUAAUUCUUAUUUAUGUUAAAAAUAUUACGAUGAACUAUAA